UGCGUGAUGACACAGAUCACGUGACACAUAUGUGACAGAAACUAAUUGCUUUUGUCACCUAGUUUUCACAGGUUCAAAGUAUUUAUAUUGUAAGAGAACAUCAGACUAAAGCAACCAAGCUUAAGAGAACCAUUGGUUUCUGUGUUCAGACUACAUAGCAGAAUGAAUCUUUCAAUCUUAACCCUAUCUCUGCUGUGUCUGUUUUGUGUCAUUGUUGGUGCUGAAUUGAACAAGAGAGAUCAAACCAAAACUGAACUAACGGAAAGAGAAGAAGUUGUCCUAGAUUCUAAUGCAUUUAGUGAAUCUGCAGUGGAAACGCUCGAGACCAAAAAGAAAGAUUUGAUAUCAGGUUUAAAAACGGUCGUAUCUGCAUUUUGUUUUGCCUUAAAUUGGCUCCCAGGAAGAAGCGUAAGCAGCGUCCAGGAUUUAACCAAUGACCCGGAUGUCCCUGAUGAAAAAAGAGCUCUGCCACUUAUUGUCAUAGGGAAAGCGCUCUGCGUGGCUAACGAUGUCUACAACGCUGCCAAAACGUUCUGCAGAGACCUCAAUGGUAAAAGAGACACAGAGUCCACGCACGAACUUGCUGAAAGAGAGCAACUCUCUGGGGAAAAAGAAAAAAGAGAUGUGUUGUCAGACCUUGCAAGAAAUGUUUGCUCGUGGUUGCAGAGUAAUGGUAUUCUCCGUGCCGCUGAGCGUAUGCAAGAGCCACUCGCUGAAAGUGAUGUCGAUAGACGAGAAUUUGGGGAAACCAAGUACAUUUUAGCCAACUAACUUUUCGAGGAAAUUAACACCCCGAAAGAAAUGGUUUUUUUUUACAUAUUGUAUCUUAAGAAAAACUUUGUUUCGUCACUGAAUCUCAAAGAUACUUUUACAAUGGUAACAUUAUGUAGCAUAUAAUUUAUAACCUCAUAUACACCUUAUUCGAGCUUUUCAAAUAAUCUUCCUAAAAAAAAAUAUGUAA